GUUGGUCAUGCAAUAAGCGACGAUGUUGUUCUACUUAAAAAGGAAUUCGACGUCACAUCAAGGCGUUUAUUCGAUACCUUGCCUUGGGCGAUACAACUGAACUGUAAACCACUGGGACUUCAUGCUCUGUGUGCGAUAUUUCUGGGAUGGAGGAUAUCUAAAGGGUUGCGAACUUCGAAUUGGAGCAGAAGUGAGCUAUCAGAGAACCAGAUACACUACGCAUGCACUGACGCUUGGGCUAGUCUCGUGGUUUAUAAAGAAAUGAAAAGGUUAAUUGAUGUUGCCACAUGACAAAAAUUCAAACUUUCGUUGGUCUCUAACGAAGAGGGCUUCGUUAGAGACCACUAUAGCAAUUUUUCCUUUUGAACAAUGUUUCUUUGUAUUAAAAUUACCUCGACUUUUCCUUUCAGGGUCGCAAGUGACCAUGGGUGCACCUUACCUUUGCCAAUAGAUUCAGUAACAGAUAUUCUAGACACAAGGCUGGAUUCAAGAAGAAAGAGGCGCAACCGUCUUGUUCAAAAUCACAAAGCUAGAAAGAACUUCGAAAUUAUGGCUAAAAUUGCUGAGCAAACUGUAGAGUAG